GGAAGGCGGGCGGAGUGGGCGAGGGGGGCUACGGGAGGAGGUGGAGUGGCUCCAGGACAUGAAUGAGCCAUGUUCGGUGCAGGAGGCUUUGCUCUCCCGGUGUUUCUGCUGCUGCUCGCCCCGGUCCUCCCGCGAACCGACGACCGGCCCGCUGAGGAGGUGUUUCAGUGGUGGGGAGAGUGGUCCAGUUGGUCCUCUUGUUCCAGGAGUUGUGGAGGAGGAGUGAGGAGUCAGGAGAGACACUGUCUGAUACAGAGGCUGUCCACGACCCAGAACGUAAACAGUUCAUUUUGUGCUGGCUCUCCCAAACAGUACCAGCUCUGUCCAAACCAGGCCUGUCCCAGUCCCACUGUGAGCUUCAAACAGCACCAGUGUUCCCAGUUCAACUCUAAAGCCUUUGGAAGACGCUACUACCAGUGGAUACCUCUUUACCCUGCUGAUUACAUCAGCAUCUCCAAUAAGCCAUGUGACCUGCAGUGCACAACCAUCAGUGGUGAGAGACAGCUGCUAGUUCCCGCCCACGAUGGUACGUUCUGCCACGAUGCCAAAUACCUUGGUGUCUGUAUAGAGGGAAUAUGUCAGCCUGUAGGUUGUGACGGCCAGCUGUAUGGCAGUAAGGCAGUAGACAGAUGUGGAGUGUGUGGAGGCAAUGGGACGUCUUGCCAGCGCGUCUCCGGAUCAUACAGGAAGGCACUCACACAGUUAGGCUACGUGUUCAUCACCAACAUCCCAGCUGGAGCCUCUGACAUUCAGAUCAUAGAAAGACAUAAGACAGAGAACAUCCUGGCCCUGUCUGAUGAAGCCGGCCAUUUCUUCUUCAACGGGAACACGGUGUUUGAAAAUCCUCAAAACUUCCACGUGGCAGGAACGGUGAUUAAAUACCGGCGUCCUAGUAAUAUAUUCUCUGAUGGGCUGGAGUACAUCACUGCUCAGGGGCCGACGCUGCAGGGCCUCAAUGCCAUGUACUACAACCUGAAUGGGAAGCUCCCCCACAUCACCUACGAAUAUACGAUCCCUCGCACAUCUCAUGACAUCACUGCUGCUGAAGACGUCGCAGGCCCCUCCCAGCCCCGGCUUAACCUCACAUAUAACGAGGUAAAUGAGGGUGUCGGAGGGGAUCAUCUGAGGGCGACCAAUGGCAGUGUGACAUCUGUCCAUCACUACAACAGCCAGCUUGGAGCUGGUGACCAAUCAGAUGUCCAGCUGCAGGACAAAAAGGAGGAGGAAGUCAUUUGGGCGAUCAGGACCCCCAGCCCCCCUCCACCGGCUGGGGUGUUGGUCUACAGACCGCCAGAUGUCACCACUCAUGUAUUCGGCCUUAAUGAUGUUGAGCGAGGACCUCCAGUACCUGCUGGCUACCGUGAGUCACACAUGCAUCUGUCUUCCGGCUCUACUAGUGUCCCUUUUAUUUGUUUGUGCCCAUUCACAGGCAGUCCCAGUGUUCAUUCUGCAGGAGGCGCCCCCUAUCUGCUGCUGGAGGACUUGCAUUACAACGACACACACUCUGUGGACGGCCCGCCCACUGAUCCCCAUUCACCAGCAGAGAGCCACUCGCUAACGUCGGACACAGACCCACAGUUGGAAAAGCUCACGGUUACGGACACGCACACUGCCAUCGUGUUACAGCUGCAACAGGUGCCUGCUGUCCAGGCAGCCAACACAGAGAGUAAUGACUUUGACGUGGGUCUGGACCCAGAUAUUAGUCUGGCUGACAUGUACCGCUGGAAGGUUUCUGCUUAUGCUCCCUGCAGCUCCACCUGUACAACAGGUAUCACCACGAGCUACGCCCUUUGUGUCCGAUACGAUGGUACUGAAGUGGACGACAGUUACUGUGACUCUCUGACCAGACCUGAGCCCACACAUGAGUUCUGCACAGGGAAGGAAUGUCCUCCAAGGUGGGAGACCAGUGGGUGGAGUGAGUGCUCUCGAACCUGCGCUGAGGGUGUUCAGUAUCGUACGGUGCGCUGCUGGAAAAUGCUGUCGCCCGGCCUGGACUCAUCGGUCUACGAUUCACUUUGUCUGUCACAUGACCUUCACAAACCAGCCAAUAGGAAGGUCUGCCUCGGCCAGAGCUGCGGACCCCAGUGGGAGGUGUCUGAGUGGUCCGAGUGCUCCGCCCGUUGUGGCUCUCGGGGUGUCCGCACUCGGGAGGUCCGCUGUUCCCUGGAAAUGAGACUAUGCAAAAAGUCUUCACAGCCAAUAGAAGGUCAGGAAUGUGAAGGCCCGCCCUGCCACAGAAGAUGGACAGGUUCUGAUUAGAGCCCGUGCUCCGGUGUGUGUGGAGAGGGAAGGAUGGUCCGUGCAGUGACGUGUCGAUCGUCAGGCGGGGUGGUGACGUCAGAGGAGCAAUGUGACCUGUCACUGCGCCCGCUGGCCAUCUACCCCUGUGGCGACAGAGACUGCGCUCCCCACUGGGUCGAACAGGAAUGGCAGCAGUGCAACGCUACAUGCGGGCGCGGCGUGCGGCACCGUCAGGUGGUGUGUGUUGGGCUGGAAGGGGGUGUGUUCAAGGAGUUUCCAGGCAGCAGUUGUACACACACCAACCCGCCGGAGAGCAGCUCCUCGUGCUUCCAGAGGCCUUGCUCCAAAUGGUUCACCACAUCCUGGUCUCAGUGCAGUAAGACGUGUGGGAGUGGCGUCCAGGUUCGGGAAGUGAAGUGUUACCAGGGGGAGGAGCUGGUAACCAGGGGCCACAGCUGCAUAUCGGCCCUCAGGCCAGAAGCCAGACAGAGCUGUGAAAUCCAGAGCUGUCCGACGGAGGCGCCAGCAGCAGCCUCAGUAGUGGUAGAAGACUCCUGCCAAGACAAACCAACAGCCAACUGUGCCCUGGUCCUGAAGGUGAAGCUGUGCUCCCACUGGUACUACAGAAAGGCCUGCUGCCAGUCCUGCAGGGCACCGAGACGCUGAAGUGAUUACUGUAACCGCUCACCUCGACCUCUGGUACCAAAGGUCACGUUACAUUUCUAAUUGGUGCUACUCAAAGGCCUGCUGCUAGCAAUGUAAGGCCCUAUCACAUUCAUUUCCACCUUGGAGCUCUGCAGCAAAGUAUGUAUUUUAGCCAUGUCAGUUUAAUUGUGCGCUACAUUUAGAAGUAUUUUACCAGUUUAACUUGAAUGAGAUCGCUACACAAACUGACGGGACCUGAAGCCGUUAACUUUCCUCUUGUCAAAGACUAUAGAAAACUAGAACAAACACUUUGCCUCCUCAUUCUUCAAUUUACAUCCAUGUCAUCGUGCAAACCAAUUUCUAUCCCAGGUUUGUCUGAAACUGUCAGAAGGACCCCAGUAACCUUGGAGCAUUACAGUCAAAUCAGUCCAGAUGCAUGUUUGUGCCAAAGCUGAAGAAAUCACAUGCAGGCUUCCUGAGAUACCUCAGGAAUGGGACAGAGGGACAGUCACAGGUCGAACAAUCUACUCCUCAACGUUCCACUCAAGGAAGUUCAUGAAAAAGCACACGUUGCUUUGCUGUUAUCGUGGCUACAGACGAGGACACAAGGACAGACUGGACGUUGGACUGGCUACACAUAAUGGUAUUACUGGUGCCGUGAUAUGUUACCAUUCUCUUUUUUUGGCUACUUCAAAAUAUGUAUUCACACAAAUGCAAACACAACACAACACAACACAUCCUACUAACAUAGACUGAGUAAUGUCCCAACAACACUGCCCCCAAAAAAAGCUUUCUGUUUCUUCACUGCGACCCACUGAUCCACGUCAUGUGGCUUCCUGAUAUAUACGUCACGUGACCCACUGAUCCACGCCACGUGACCCCCUGAGCCACGCCACGUGACCCCGUGAUCCACGCCACCUGACCCCCUGAGCCACGUCAGAGUCGUCCCUGUAAACAUCUUUUUUUUGCUUCUGAUAAGAAUGUUCGAUGCAAACUGAACGAGGUCAUGCAUUUGGAAAGCGGCAGGUACGGUGAGGUCGCUCCUGCUGAACACAUCUCAGAUGUGGCGGCUUAACGUGGGGAUUACAUGGAAGUUUGUCUCUGGAGAUGCUGUCCUGAGAUUCUCACCAAAGAAAAGUACAAACCGGGGAGCAUUGCUGGCCAAACUCGCACCGUUCAGAUCAGACACUCAGUGUUGUUGUUGUUGUUCUUGCUUACUGUAUCUCACGUAAAGAUUAAAAGAUCAGCUGUUUUUGACAAGCA